UAUAAUACCUUCAAUUGCAGUGACAUUUUCGAAGGUAUUUGAAAAUGGUAUCUGCGCACUACGUUAUCAUCGGCGUAAUCGCGACUUUGCUGGGGAACGUCUUUAUAUUUUGUUCUGCACAGGACGAGUUAAUUAAAAUAUGGAAUUGGAUAUUUGUGGAAUGCCGAGAGCAGGAACCUCAAUGUUUAAUGUGGUGUGUCUUUGAGAAGAUGGAAAUUGUAAAAGCCGACAAAGGCGUUCUAACCUACCAGGAGAGUAGAAUGCUAGAAUGGUUGAAGUUUCCAGUAGACAUAGAGUUACUCACACAAGAUGAAGCCAACCAAAUAGCAGCAGCGUGCACCGAACGAACACCAAGUGUCGUCAAUGCAAAUGAAGGUGCACUAUGCCAGUUUGGACAACAAGUGCAAAGUUGCUUCACUACAGAACUAAAUGAGAUUUUAUUAUAUCGAAAUAUGAACGAAACGGAAAGGGAAAAAAAGGAAAUCGACAAGCUAAAGCAAAGAUGGGAUUUUAUAAAUACUGACUGCAUCUCCAAAGCACAAGAUGGAAAUACUGAAUAUUAUGAUUGUAAGGCGCUAUGUUUGUAUAGGGCCAUGGAAGUUGUAGGUAACGACAGUUUGUACGUGGAGAGUAAAAUGCUGGAAUGGAUGAAGAUUUCCAUAUUUGAUGGAAUAAUCACUCAAGCUCAAGCCGUCCAAAUUGCUGCAGCAUGCAACCGCGUGAACAAUAUUAUAUAUCCCGGUUGCAAAAGAGGUGAACAAGUGGAAUUGUGCAUAGUUACAGAAACAGCAAAGGUCAAAGAGAUCGAAGCCGGAACUGAACAGGAAAAAAGGGAACCGGGCCUGGAAAGCUGGUACGCGGUUAUCAUUGAAUGCCGCAAAUCGAAAUUUGACUGUAUAUUGGGAUGUCUGUUUAACAAAAUGGGAGUUUUAGCAGACACAGGACGGUACGACGAGAGUAGAAUGUUAGAAUGGAUGAAGUUCCCUGUAGAUAUAGGAGUGGUCACCGAAAAUCAAGCAAAACAAAUGGCUGAAGAAUGCUACCGUGUGAACGGGGCUGAGAAUGAUCAAUUAUGCGCGAGAGGCCAACUUCUGUGGGAAUGCCUAAAUGACGAAAUGGAUAGGCUUACCGGAAAACGGCUUUUUUAAAAUUUGAAGUGAAGUGUGUCUCACACUCACCGAAGUGAAGUGAAGUGUGUCUCAGUCUCAAUUAAUUGUAAUCAUAAUUGUAAUGUAAUUCACUCUGUAACUGUGUUUUUCGUGUUUUUAUUUCUAUGUCCAAUAAAGUAUAUACAUUACAUACCGCUAAACGGUUUUUACAA